AUCCAGGUAAACCCUUCGAUCAAAGCAGUUAGGCGUCCAGAUAAUAAUGUCGCGGAGUCCGGAAUGCCCUUGGCGGGUGCCAGUCAAACUUCACUGUGUAGCACGCUAUCUAUAUUAUUACGACAAUGGAACUACGCGGCCGCGAGCGAGGGGAAGAAAUGGAAUCCAUGCUGACACUAAGAAAUGCUUCCCUAAAUUCAUUUUGCUAUCCGUCUCGAUCGUUGUCCACAACGACUCGCCCACGGCGACUUUGAUCAAUCUGUGAUGUCGCAAAACACUCCAGGCCCAAGCAGGGCAUUGGAAAUUCAAGUGCCAUGUAUUGUCUUCUUGGUCAUCACGCCGGCCUUCGUGGCGAUUCGGCUAUGGUCCCGAUUCAACUCCAAGUCGGGCCUGGGCGGGGAUGAUUGGACUAUCUUAGCAUCUACUGUCUUUGCAAUUAUUGUUAUGGCAUUCAUGCUCGCGUCCUGUACCUACGGCUUUGGCCAACACAUCGCCAAUCUUACAAGACCAAAUCGGAAAAUAACUUUGAAGCUCUUUUUCGUCAGCCAAGCUUUCUACAAGCUCACCAUGAACACGACCAAGAUGUCUAUCCUCAUGCUAUACCUGCGCAUUUUUAUCCAGCGUUGGUUCCGCAUUACCUGCCACACGCUCCUGGUUAUCAUCGCCUCUUACAUGGUAGCCGCUUUCUUCGCUUCCGUAUUUCAAUGUACCCCAGUACCAAGAGCCUGGGAUAAAACCAUUGCAGGAUCAUGCAUUGACAUAACUACCAAUUGGUACGCCAACGCCGGCUUCUCAAUUGCUACCGACAUCAUUAUCUUGGCGCUGCCGAUGUAUCCGAUUUACAAAUCGAAGACGCCGUUGAAACGAAAAAUUGCCUUGAUGAUUGUGUUUGCCCUUGGUGCAUUUGUCGCCGUUACAAGCAUUAUCCGGAUGCAGACUCUCAACUUUUCGUCCACCAGUCCUGAUACUACCUACGAUAUCGCCUCCUCAGUAUGGACGAUAACCGAAGAAAACGUCGCGAUAAUCUGCGCCUGCUUGCCAAUGAUGUGGGCGCCACUAGCUAGGCUCUUUCCCUCAUUCUUUUCCACAAGUCAAGGAGGCAACAGCCAUGUGAGCUUGGCUGUCAGAAGCCCGGGGCCUAACACCACGUCACGGUCUCGAAGUAGCUGGGCCCAGCUCCACGGGAACUCUGGUGAAAUGGGCGACAGUAUUAACCACCUCAACGAUUCACAAAAUCGCAUCUCGGAGGAUAGCACGGGCCAGAUCCUGCGUGCCGGUCCGAGUGGCGAAGCCGAGUACCAAGAUGCGAAGGGCAUCCGAAAGGUAACGGAGUAUCGAGUUUCUUAUGUGGGCACAAAAAAACCAUCUUCAAGCUAG